AUAUACACAUAUCCUCUUAUCACUUACCACAACCUAAGCACCGAUGACGGGGUGCCGAGAUUAUGGGUACGAGGAUGGAGUAACAUGCCUUUUUUCUCGGAUUUUCCGUUCUUUCCUUAGGCGGAUUUCCAUCCUCAUAUGAAUACAGUUUGAUUCCAAGAUUAUUGUGACGACCAACAUUGAGACUUGAUUCUGGAGGAAAUGGCUUCAGACAACACACUGCGCAGUUACUGCAUUAUACCGUGCUUCAUCUUUGUAGAGAUGGUCAUCAUGGCCGGCACUGUCCUGAUGGCCUAUUACUUUGAGUGCACCGACACCUUCGGGGUGCACAUCCAGGGCUUCUUCUGCAACGACGCGGAGCUGAUGAAGCCCUACCCCGGGGCGGAGGAGAGCAGCUUCAUACCCCCCCUCAUCCUGUACUGCGUGGUGGCGGCCACGCCCACGGCCACUAUUUUCAUUGGAGAGAUCUCUAUGUACAUCAUGAAAUCUACGAGAGAGGCCCUGUUGGCCCAGGAGAAAACCAUCGUGACGGGGGACUGCUGCUACCUGAACCCUCUCAUUCGCAGGAUCAUACGGUUUAUCGGCGUCUUUGCUUUCGGGCUUUUUGCCACGGACAUCUUCGUGAACGCGGGUCAGGUUGUCACCGGGAAUCUGGCCCCUUACUUCCUCAGCGUCUGCAAGCCAAAUUACACCGGGACGGAGUGCCGCUUUAGCCACCAGUUCGUCUCCAACGGCAACAUCUGCACCGGCGACCGGGCGGCGGUGGAGAAGGCCAGGAAGUCGUUCCCGUCCAAAGACGCGUCUCUUAGCGUGUACUCUGCCGUGUACCUGACGAUGUACAUCACGAGCACGAUAAAGACGAAGAGCAGCCGGCUGGCCAAGCCGGUGCUCUGCCUGGGGACCCUGUGCGCGGCCUUCCUCGCGGGCCUCAACCGCGUCUCCGAGUACCGCAACCACUGCGCCGACGUCGUCGCCGGGUUCGUCCUGGGCAGCUCGGUCGCCCUUUUUUUGGGAAUCGGUGUUGUCCAUAACUUCAAGGGGGUCCACACAACCCCUUCCAAGCAGAAAACAGAGGAGUACCGCGGGCUCCCGUUGAUGACCUUCCCACGGGUGGAGAGCCCUCUGGAAACUCUCAGCGCACAGGUAACGCAUUAUUAUUUAGCAAUAGUAUCCCCCCUGCUCAUGCGGGUAAUGUAGCAGUGUCAUAUUUGACGGACGGAAAUGCUUCAGAAAGUCUAGGAAACGUGGAAGCACUUAAUGAGCACUUAAAAUAGUUACAUCAAGCUCAACAAACCAUCCAGGACCCUGCCUUUCAUUGUUUUGCAGUAAAUGUCAGUAUAUUGUGCAUCUCUACUCUAAUAGAUGAGAGUACAGUAUAUUGUAAAUGAAUUCAUAUUGAAUUUGGCCAAUAAUAUAUAGAUGUAAAAAAAUGAGUAAAGGCUGUGAGGCUGAUUAAUGAUCUGUGCCUUUGCCAGAGUCCCAAAAUGUCGGUACUUCAUCAUCAUUAAACUGAGACACUCCGGAGUACUACAGUGUUCAGCUUCAUUUAUUGUAUACUAAUUGAGAACGACUGAUUAGCCAACACCCUCACUAAUAAUGGGCAAGUACCCAAAAUUACCCUUAGGUGUUAGAAGUUUUUCUCUACACUUUCGAAGCUCAUAGAAACACAGAAUUCAUAGUCACAAAAUAAAUACCAAACCUUUGAUGUCCUACUGUUAUAACUUUGAAUGUCCUGCCUAUUGCAUUGUUACCAAUCUCCUAGUAUCCCUAUGAAAUAGUUUUGAACUUAUAUUUCCUGACCUGUUGUAUUCACACAAUAGCAGCAACUGCUCAUUGUAUUAUUUUAGACUCCUGUUCCAUGUAUACAACAAGCAAGGAUGCAUAGCUCUGGUGCUAAUUUUCAAUGCUACGGCAUUUUAUAUAUUCCAAAUUUUGAUGAUUGUAAGCCUGUGUCAACGCUCCAGCCUCUUAUUAAACUCAGAAGGGUGCGGGCUAUUGUACCUGUCCUCGGUUUUUACUACUUUUCGCUCCACGGGUUCUGCGGUGCGGCCAUUCCACCAGAGGAACGUGGCGUCCAGUUUACUUCAUCGUACUCGGCUGGGAAAGGCCAGUCAGCCGAAAGAGUCACUAUGGCUGGACUGGGCGUGGAGCACUCAAGUGAAAUCCAUAGCGGGGGGCACUAUGGAUGCACCUUUUACAAGCAGACCUUGGUCAAAUACUUUUCUACGCUUUACUGAUCUUGUCUGGUGUACUGGAACCAAUGAAGUACUCUCAAAAAGUGCAAACCCCGCCUUCUGGUCAUAUUGACGGGCUCAGCUACACCAGGCAAGAUCAAUAGAGCACAGAAAAGUAUUUGAAUCCAAAGCAAAUAAGUAUUUGACCCAGGUUUGUUUACAAGGGGGACCUGUCCAAGAGGGCAACGCAGUAAAUGAACAUACAAAUUAUACAAUAACAGAUAUUAGCGAUGCACAAUAAAUACAAAGAAUAACAAUAAAUGGUCUGAGCUUCUGAAGUAAACUAAA